AAUAUUCUACAGACGUUUCCUUGAUGACAGGGUCAACAACAUGGCGUUCUCCAUGCUUAACAGAGUUGUUAAAUCUGUUUUUUGAUAUGUGUCUUUUAGUAAAAUCGUCAAAGUGUGAAGGGUCCUCGGUGGCGGAAUUAUCGACCCGUCUUAAACGUGCUUUACGUUGACGCAAAUUCACCAACGGGCGUCUGCUGAAUCCUGAUCUCCAAGAACCAUGUCUGGGUCAAAUGUGUGGAGCCGAAGUCGAGAGAAAAUACGGAUUUUCCCCGAACUUUUUGCACAGUGUACAACUGAGGCAGCAGCGUAUGGGAAGUGUGUGGCAGCUACCACGACAGGCAGACAGGAGUUGAAAAAAGACCUGUGUUCCAAGGAGUUUGAAGCGCUGAAGACCUGUUUUACAAAUGCAGCAAAGAGGAGAGGCAAAUGAAUGGAAGGCACGCGAGCCUGAAUUCAUUCAACCAUCGGUUUGCUGCAGGAGGAGAACAACACCAAAUACAAUUAAUAAAUUGUUGGACAUUUUCUCAGAUUCUGAUGCAGAUGUGGAUCUGGAAUCAUCUUUUUCCUUGCAUAAAAGUCAUUUGUUUCUGAAGCUGUAAAACAGAUUGAAUAAACAAUAUUUGCUGAUA